AAACCUUAACCAUUCUUCAAAAACAUCUGAAUUCUACUCCUUUAAACCUUAUGCUAUGAAUGGUCCUAUUAAAUAUGAACCUUUUUUCUCUUAGACAUGAACCCUGAUCCUACUAAACCUGACUCUGCUCCUCUUAAACCUAAACUCUGCUCCUCAAAAAUCUGAGAUCCUUUCCUGCUGAAUCUGAAACCUGCUCCUCCUAAACCUGAACUCUGCCCCUCUUAAACCUAAAUCCUGCUCCAACUAAGCCUAAACCCUGCUCCUCCUAAACCUGAACCCUGCUCCUACUAAACCUGGACCCUGGUUUAGAAACCAAAUCUUCUAUUUCUAGACAUAUAUGGUUUGUUGAUGAAGACAGGAUCUUAAUACUGCUGUAACGUAACAGGAAGAGAAGUCAGGGUUAAUCCUUAUGUAUUUAGAAGUAUAGCAGGAUGGGAAAUGCUCUCGGCUGCGGGGUUUCAUGUAAAAAUCAAUACUCAAGAGAAAAUUCGUUUACUGCUCCGCCACUAAGAGGUCCUGAUAGGGAUUUUGGUGUACAGCCCCUUCAUCAAGGUGUACAGCCCCUUCAUCAAGGUGUUCAACCCCUUCAUCAAGGAGUUCAGCACCUUCAUCAAGGUGUUCAACCCCCGCAUCAGAUGGUGGGUGUUGGAGAAACAGCUCGGUCUAGAUUACAAGAGCAGCAGCAGCAUCUUCCAGACAUACUUGCAGCAGGAGCUUCUCAGAAGCUGCUUCAUGCUCUAGCUCAAGCUGCUCUUCAUCUAGGAUUAUCAUUUACAAGUUUUAGUGAUCAUGAUUCUGUGAUUUCAACCCAUACGGAGAAAGGUCAAACUCUUAUCAUACUGGACCUCAAACCUGGAGAUAAUUACCAACCUGAACCUAUACUCAGAUAUUUACGAAAUUCCGGAAAUUUUGAAGACUGUGUGAUAGUUGGUGUACUGGAGAAACAAAAGUUAGAACACUAUGAUACUGCUGUUAUAUCGUGGGUAGAUCUAGGAAUUAAUCAGAUCGUUCUGGAGAGUGUAUAUGAAGUGUACUGGAUCAACCAGCUGGUUCAGCUACUCCAUGGACCGGUCAGGUUGCUCCAGCUACAACAGACUACAAGGAUACUCUACAAAGCUCUAGAUAAAACCAGAGAUAUCGUUCAAAUCACAGACAAGGAAGAUAAGGUGGUUUGGGUCAAUCAUAGAGCAGAGAAGGAGCUAGGAUGGUUUAAAGAGGAACUAGUUGGCAAAAACCUUUCCACUCUUCAGACAACAGGACAUAGAGAUAUCAUGAAUUCUGAUAAUUCUCCUGCAGAGGUGGACCAGGUUCUACAUAAACGACUUGUAGAGGGCAAGGAAUGGGAGGGACCUAUAAACUGUCAGAGAAAGACCGGGGAUUAUGUUCCUCUCUCUGCAAAGGUUAUCCCUGUAUCCUUCUCAAAUCUAAGGAAGCUAGAUCAGAUCUUAUAUAUAAAGCAUGUUGUCUCCUCUCCAACUCCAUUCAGACAUAAUCGACAUUCUAUCCGUCGCCCCAGUGCAGAGAUCACAGCGCUACCUAAUCAUGAAGCUCGUCGACGAAGUAGCGGGAAGCCACAUCCUGCAGCUAUGGAAGCUCCAAUAAAUAAGGUUUUGAAUAUUAUCCUGGCGGCACAGGAGAACCAGCCCCUGUACAUAGCACAGGCACUAGAUAAGGUUGUUGAUAUACUGAAGAGUAGUGGGAGUAGUGAGCUGUUUAACCCGGACGUAGAGGAGGAGGACGGUCGAACAGGACGGAGUCAUGAUCUUGUCACAAAGGAUCUAUUCGGAGCUCUUUUAGCGAAUCCAAGAGUUGAAGUUCCGAAACACCAGCUUAGACGAACCUCCAUUGAUAAGAUCGUGAGUUUUUCUCCUCGACCCUCCCUUCCCACUCUUGAGGUUACGCCUGUACAGAUUGGAGAACUCUUUAACACUGCGAUAGAUUGGGGAUUCGAUAUUUUCAAACUAGAGGAGGUCACAGAACGCAGGCCUCUUCUCUGGCUUGGUAUGAAUAUACUCCAGAGGUUUGAUGUUACCACUACCCUGGGUAUAGAGGAGAGUAUACUGCAGAACUGGUUAAAUAUGAUCGAAGCAAACUAUCAUUCAUCAAACUCAUAUCAUAACUCUACACAUGCUGCAGAUGUACUACAGGCUUCUGCUUUCUUUUUAGAACAAUCCAGAAUACAGGAAAUGUUUGAUCCUAUUGACGAACUUAUAAUUCUCAUCGGAGCAAUCAUCCAUGAUGUUGAUCACCCGGGUCGUAACAGUGCCUACCUCAUAAACUCUGGCAGCCAGUUGGCAGUACUGUACAAUGAUACAACUGUACUUGAAAACCAUCAUUGUGCACUAGGAUACAAACUAACAAUCUCACAUGAAUCUGUUAACAUUUUUCAGAAUCUUGACAGUGACACGUACAAGACGGUGCGAAAGGGACUUAUCGACACCGUCCUCGCCACCGACAUGUCCAAGCACUUCAUCCACGUCAACAAGUUCACAACAGCCAUCUGUAGCAGGGACAUUGAGGAGAAGGGACCACCAAAAAAGGCAUUGAGUGAGGUAGAGGAGAAGGGUAUAAUCAGACGGAUGUUGAUCAAGUGUGCAGAUGUAUCUAAUCCUGCUCGAACCCUCAACCUUUGUAAAGAAUGGGCUGUCAGGAUAGCAGAGGAAUAUUUUACACAGACUGCUGAGGAGAAGAGUAUGGGUUUACCUGUAGUUAUGCCUCAGUUUGAUAGAACCACAUGUUCUAUACCACAAUCACAAAUAGGAUUCUACGAUUACUUUAUUCUUUCUAUGUUCGACGCCUGGGCAGGGUAUAUUAACAGCAGUGAGCUGAUGGAGAAUAUAGAGGAGAACUAUGAAUACUGGAAGAAGAAGCUGGCUGAGGAACAGGAAGCGGAGAGAAAACUAAACUCACGAGGAGAGAAGAUUAAUAAGCUGAGAGCUGCCAGGGAAAGAAGAGAAACUGAACCGUCCUCACCUUCUCCGACCUGUCCAACCUCACCAGCCUCCCCUGCCUCAACGAUUACAUCUGAUAUUAACAACCCGGAGUCCAAUUCGUUGAAAAGUGAACCCAGAGACGUGGUGUCUCCCAACCCUGAGAAGGUUCUUGAUCCAGUUUUAGCAACGUCUCCAAUCCCGGAGAAAAUACCGUCUCCGGUCCCGUCUAAUCCUUUAACCCCAGAGCGAAUUCUGGAUCCUGCUCCGUCUUGACAAACCAAGGUGGAUUCAGCUUCAACCCUACCUUAACAUACAUGGUUCGUUCUUAUUGAUAGGAUCUUGGUCUGAUAUUGAGUAUUUUGUGAGACAAAAACUGUAAACCUAGUUAGCUAGAUUUUAUUGCUAGUUUAAGUUCUAUACAGUGUACAAUUAAACACAGGGUGUUAAAGAAUGUCAUCUUUAUAUUAUUGUAAAAAUUUGAAUUAUUUGAAAGCCGGUACUGGUCUACCAAUUUCAUAAACCCAUAAUCAUUUUUUCUUCUUGUUUACAUGAUUUAAUUGUUUCACAUUCACAUCUACAAACUUUUUUCUGAAUCGAUAUUUAAUUGUAUAAAGCAAAUUAAAUUACAUUCAUAUCAUUCAGUCAUUCAUAUCAACUAAGCUAUAUCAGUAUCUCUAUGAUAUAAAGCCAUAUGGUAUCAUCACAUCAUUCUGGAGAUAUACAUUGUUUUAAUUGACGUUUCCCAUAUUUUUUCAGCUUCAUUAUAGGAAUUUCGAUUUUAUUUUUAUUUUUAAAAAAUCUUAUUAGGAAAAACUACAAUUAGCGGGGAAAUCUAUAAGAAGCAAUAUAAUCAUAAUUUAACUGGGGUUUAUGAAUUGUCUCCCUUCCCCGAGGGGUGUUGUGAGAUCUUAAUUUAAAAUAUUUUUUUAAUGCUAUACAAGACAAAAUAAAAAAACCUUGAGCCAUCAAUCCAAAGGUCAAAGAACACAUUUAGCAUUUCUUAAUAAGUGUGUGUAAAAAAACGAAAAAUUAAAGGAAAGUAGAAAAAGGGAUUGUUUGUUAAUAAAUUUCUAUAAAUUG